CAUACCCGGAAGUGGUCGUCUUGGCGGCGGAAUAGCGGCAGCUCAAACGGUAGGAACGUUUCUAGAAGAAGGGAGGCAUUCUGAGCAUAUGGAGCUUUAGUCCGAGUGUCUGGAGGCUCUGCUGGCUCUAAUGCAGCGGGCUAAAGUCUCUGGGAGUGUGGAGGUGAAGCAGGUGAUCGGAGCUCUGUGCAGACUUCUAGCGGCCGCCGGUGUGGACCCAGUCCCGGUACCGGAGAACUUCAGACGGGCAAAGUUCGGUGGAGGAGCCGAGGAGGAUCAGUUUUGGCAGCUUCUUGGCAGCAUCCUUCAGAAAACUGCCGUCGUUUCAUCUGAAGUCGAUCUCCAGCUGAGAGGAGCCUCAGAGAACAGAAAGUUUGUGGCUGCAGGGCUGUGUGAGACCGGCUACCAUGCUGACUGGAUGUAUGAGAGGCAGGGAGGACAUGCAGAGGGAGGAAGGAGUUUCUCCAGCAGAGAUCUCCUCCUGGCGCUGGGAUGGCUGCUCGCUGCAGGAACGCUGGAGAAACUGUUGACACAACGAGUACAGCAACUGGACAAAACCCUCCUCACACCUGUACCUGUGAACCUUCACCUCUCCAGUGAGCUUCAGUUCGACUCUGCGUCUUUACGGAGACUCCAGUGGCUCAUUGGACGUCUCAGACACCAGGGACGGAUCCUGCUGUCCAUGCUACAGGAACAAACUCGACUGCUUCAUGCUGUUUUUUCUGCCAGCCUCUCCUCCGCUGCAUCUUCCUCUUGUGGUCAGAGCUCUGUGGUGUUAAAGGAGGACUUGGUUUGCGUCCAGCAGCUCUGUGACCUCCUAGAAGCAUAUCUGAGCUGGAGACAGGUGGAGGAUGUCUUCUGGACCUGGAUGGACAGCGUGGUGGACUGUCAUCUGACUGGUCCUGUCAUCAAAAGGCCUACACAUGCACAGAGUGGGAGUCCAGGAGUGUGUCACCACAGAACCUGGGGGCUGGACAAACCGGACGACACGCUGUUAGGACUUCCUGUUGACACACACACAUCCACACCCACACAGGAAGGACCGAGGAGAGGCAGAGGGGAUGUUAAGGACAGAGGAGGAGGAGAAAAGGGCCGAGCUGGACCUCCUUUUGUAUUUUCUCUUCCUUCUGUGCCGUUCCUCAGUCAGGUUUUUCGAGCCAGACUCCAGGCUGAGAGGCCAGUCAGACAGCCCAGAGCAGAGGACCUCCACAGCAGCACUGAGGCUCCAGAGCUGAAGGCAUCUCAGGCUGUUCAGCUGCUGCUUCAUGCUGAGGCUCUGCUGCUGGAGAGGAGGGACCGGCAGAGACUGGCCAAUAGGACGCAGCUGCAGGAGAUGAUUGGCAGCCUGGAUGAACUGGUGCUGAUACCACCAUAGAGCUUUAGUUUUUAUUUCUAUGGCUACAUUUUGCAGUAAACGGGAUGCUCAGGACCUGUA